AUGGCGUCAACCAUAAUUCCUGAGUUUGUUGGUAGAGUUUCGUGGAAAACCAAUCUAUUAAACAUUGCCAACAAGUUUACUGAAAUGGAUUUAAUGGAAAGGGUAGAAAAAACUCAAUUUCGAUUUUUAUUCAUAGGAGCAUCGAGACUGCGGUUUUCAGGAAUGAUAAUCCAUCAAAUGCUCCUCAGGAAUAGCAGUUCAAAUUCUAAGCAGAUGAAGUUCCUCGUGAAUGGAGAGGAGCUGUCCUUCGGGAUGAAGGAGUUUGCCUUGAUCACAGGCCUCAAUUUUAGGAGAUUCCCUGCGGUGGAAACAAUUUUCAAUGAAGUUGAAAAAUGUCCAAAUUUGGUUGUAAAAUAUUUUCAAAGUAAUAUGAUUGUUAGAAUAGAAGACCUUCACUCAAGACUUAUGUCCUGCUCUGAUAAAGAAGAUGCAUGGAAGUUGGGGCUGGUAUACCUGGUUUGCCAUUAUCUCUUCGCCAUUAACUCAAAGAGGAUAAUAAAUAUCAAACUACUCAGCAUGGUCGAGAACAUCGACACUUUCCUCCAAUUUCCAUGGGGAAAAUUGUCCUUUAGAGCAACCCUGAAGGGUUUGAACAGGGACCUAAAACACUUAAGGUCGAUAUAUCUAGACAAAAAGGAAGGUAUGAGUAAGAAGAACAAAGACAAGAAUGUCAGUGUUUCUUAUACCGUAUAUGGGUUUGCAUUAGCAUUACAAGUGUGGACAUAUGAGGUUAUCAAAACGUUUGUCCCCAAACUUGCAAGAAAUACGAUGCUUCAAGCGCAUGAGCCUGUCUGCCCAAGGAUAAUACAAUACAAAUCCAGCAGGAAGACCACCGCCUCUGAUCUUCAAACUGCCUUGCAAGGCAAGAUUGUCAAAAAGAUGGAAAUGUCUGAAGAGGAGAAGAUCUUAUAUGAUGGGGAAGAGUUUGAAGAUAUGGGAGAUAAUUUGUAUGAUUGUUUAUUUAAGUUUGAGUCCAGAAGGAGGAAACAUGAAGAAAUUGAAGAUGUAGUUCCUUUCAAACCUGACAUGAGGAAGAGAAGACAAAUUACUCAUCCCAGUACUUCUCAUUCUGUUCCUGCCAAAUCUGCCAUGAGAAAGAGAAAACUAAUUACUCCCCUCAGCCCUAGCACCUCUCAUUCUCUCUCCACCGCCACCGGGAAUCAUUCAGAUGAUGAUGACCCUCAAAUGACUCCAACAUCAACACCUCCCCAGAAUGGAUGUAAAUUGGAUAAACUGACGAAUGAGAUUGACAUAAUAUCAGUCACACUAGAGGAGGAACAUAGCAGGAGAAUAAUGAAGAGAAAAGAAAAUGAGGAGAAUGUGUUGGUGGAGAAGGAUAAGGGGAAAAAACAAAAAUGUGAGAUUGCUCUAGAAUCUGGUCCAUCGUCACCAUCUGCAAGUGUUUCCAUAUCAGUAGAUUCAUCUGGUGAGCUUGGUACUUGUCCAAGUUUACCUCCCAAGGAUGUGCCUUCCUCCCAAAUUGCAUCUAUUCAGGAGACACUCAACCAGCUAAUAUCCAUGCAAAGAGAGUUGCAGAAACAAAUGUCUGUCACAGUUGUUGAACCUCUUGCUAAAGAAGGUAAAAGAUUGGAAGCAGCAUUGGGCCGAAGCAUGGAGAAAACUGUAAAGACUAACUGUGAUAUAUUAUGGGCUCGGUUUCAAGAGGAAAAUGCAAAACAGGAGAAAGAAGUGCGGGAUCGUUUGCAACAGAUCACAAACUGCAUAAACAAGGACUUACCUGCUAUGGUUGAGAAAACCAUAAAGAAGGAAUUAGGUACCUUAGGCCCAGCUAUUACACGUGCAAUAUCUCCUGUAUUAGAAAAAGCAGUCUCUGCAGUCAUUGCAGAGUCAUUCCAGAAAGGUGUGGGUGAUAAAGCAGUUAAUCAACUUGAGAAAUCUGUUAAUUCAAAACUUGAAGCGACUGUUGCUAGGCAAAUCCAAGCGCAAUUCCAGACCUCUGGCAAACAGGUUUUACAGGAAGUAUUUAAAUCCAGCUUGGAAGCUUCAAUAAUCCCAGCUUUUGAGAUUUCAUGUAAAACCAUGUUUGAGCAAGUUGAUUCUGCAUUACACAAAGGGAUUGUUGAACAUACAACCGCUGCCCAACAGCAAUUUGAAUCUUUGCAUUCUCCACUAGCAAUUGCGUUGAGGGAUGCAAUUAACUCUGCAUCAACAAUGACACAAACCUUAAGUAAUGAAUUAGGUGAUGGUCAAAGAAAGUUGAUGGCUAUGGCAAUUUCAGGAGCUAAUUCGAAAGGAUCAAAUUCUUUGAUAAGUCAACUUAGUAGUAAUGAGCCUUUGGGCCCUCAGAUUGAGGCACCCAUGGAUCCAAAAAAGGAGCUAUUGAGAUUGAUAUCUGAACAUAAAUUAGAUGAAGCCUUCACGACUGCCCUACAUAGAAGCGAUGUUCAGAUUGUUUCUUGGUUAUGCUCUCAGGUUGAUUUGAAGAAGAUUUUAGCAAUGUAUCCAAUCCCAUUGAACCAAAGAGUGUUACUAUCUCUUCUACAGCAGUUGGCUUGUGAUAUUAGCAAUGAUGCAACAGAAAAGCUAUCAUGGAUGACAGCAGUGGCACUUGCAAUAAAUCCGGGGGAUGCUAUGAUUGUUUUACAUGUGCGCCCCAUAUUCGAGCAAGUAUAUCAGAUUCUCACCCAACUUUCCAGCCUGCCCACAACAUCCAGUGUCGACUUCUCCAGUAUCCGCAUCAUCAUGCAUGUUAUUAACUCCAUGUUAAUAAAUUGUAAAUGAUUUCUCAUUUGUCUCCAUGAUUUGUUCUUGAUAUGGGUGGAUAGUGUAGUUACAGCUGAACCCAUAUCAGUUCUUCAUAUACUCUUAUAUUCUCUAGUAUGUUUUUGAUGUAGUUUUACAGUAACUAGAGAGUAUUGAGAAGUAUUUUUCUUAGCUACAGUCUACAAUACUAUUUCUGUUAAUGUAAAACAGUAUGUUUAGUGAAAUUUUGUUUAAUGUGGGACUAUUCUGCAAUAUCUUUUGUGUUACAAUAAUAAAUAAAUAUUGCUGAAACUUUUAAAUCUCUAAUGACAAGAAUAAAUAAUCUUUGUUUGAUA